GCUUAGGUGGUGUAUAAAAGCAUCAAGUGUCAGUAUCCAACUAAAAGCAGCCAGGACAAAGUCUUCAGUAUCUGCACUGCUCUUGUUAGAAAUGGACAAAGCCUCUAACAACCUAAAUAUGUCCAGCGAAGCAGGACUUAUCACAAAUAAUGAGGAGCUGAAGAUUGUGAUGGUUGGAAAGACUGGAGUCGGAAAAAGUGCCAGCGCAAACUUGAUCCUGGGUCGAGAGGCGUUUGUGUCAAAGCUUUCUGCUAAAUCUAUGACUACAGAUUGUAAAAAGGUAAAAGGUUUGGUGAAUGGACAGAAGGUUGCUGUCAUUGACACCCCAGGUCUGUUUGACACCAGAAACGAUGAGAAGAAAACAAUCAAAGAUCUGAGUCAGUGCAUCUCCUAUGCGUCUCCUGGACCCCAUGUCUUCCUGGUGAUCAUCAGGUUGGCAAGAUUCACUGAUGAGGAAAAGAAGACAGUCGAGAAGAUUCAACAAGUCUUUGGUGAAGCUGCAGACCAGUACAGUAUGGUUCUCUUUACUGGUGGGGAUGAACUUACAGAACCCAUUGAAGAUUUCCUGGACGACUGUUCAGACCUUCAAGAACUUGUGGCCAGAUGUAACAACCAGUAUCAUGUCUUCAAUAACAAGAAUAAAGAUGAUCGCUCUCAGGUUGAUGAGCUGCUGCAGAAGAUCAGGAACAUAGUGGAGAAAAAUGGAGGAAGUCAUUACACCAACGAGAUGUUCCAAGAGGCCGAGAGAGCAAUAGAGGAGGAGAAACAACGUAUCCUGAAAGAGAAGGAAGAGGAAACACGCAGAAAACAAGAAGAAAUUAGGAAAAAAGUGGAAAAAGAAUAUGAGGAAAAGAUGAAAAUAAAAGGAGAGGAGAUGCAGAGGGCUAUUCAUGCAGAACAACAACGAAUAAGGAAAGAGGUGGAAAGGGAGGCCAGAAGAAGAGCUGAAAAAGGAAACUUUUGGGAUGAUAUCUGUCGUUUCGUCCGGAGGAUUUUCUAAAACGUAUAAAAGCAUUGAGGUUAAGUGUCAAAUGAUUUUGUAGCUCAACAG